AUGGUGACGUUCACGGCACGCCGGAGCGAGCCCGAGCUGGUGCGCCCGGCGCGGCCGACGCCGCGUGAGACCAAGGCCCUCUCCGACCUCGACGACCAGCGGUCGCUGCGGUUCUACGAGUCCAUCGUCGGCUUCUUCCGCAGCCCGCCGAGCGAAAGCGUCAAGCCGGGCAAGGUGGCCAAGGGCAUUAAGGCGGCCGUGGCGGCGGCUCUGGUGUACUACUACCCCAUGGCUGGCCGUCUCCGGAAGCUCCCCGAGGGAAACAAGCUGGUGGUGGACUGCACGGGGGAAGGCGUGAUGUUUGUGGAGGCGAUGGCAGACGUGCGGCUGGAGGACCUCGGCCAGCCGUUGGUGCCGCCGUACCCGUGCGUCGAGGAGUUCUUGGGGGACGCCGGUGACACCAGGGAUGUGGUUGCCAAGCCUCUGCUCUUCCUGCAGGUGACACAACUCAAGUGUGGAGGAUUUGUUAUUGGGCUUCACAUGUGCCAUUGCAUUGCUGAUGGUUUUGGUAUCCUCCAAUUUAUCAAAUCCAUAGCCGAUUUUGCAUGUGGUGAACUCAUCCCAACCACAUUGCCCGUGUGGAAACGAGAUACCUUCAGAGCACGUAUGCCACCCUCCAUCACACAUGUCUACCCAGCAUAUAAAACGUUUAUUCAUGGGUUGGACUGCACGGGAGAUGAUGUGAUGCUAUUAACUUCGCCAGAAAGCAUGGAAGUGCAAUAUUUAUUUUUUGGGCCGAAAGAAAUAGCAAUAUUAAGGAGCCACCUCUCAGAACAUCUUUCCAAAUCCACCACAACUUUUGAGUUGCUUACGACGGUUAUGUGGCGGUGUCGCACAUUGGCACUUGGUUAUGGAUCUAGUCAGAAAGUGCGUAUCAUGUUUACUUUAAAUACACGUGGGAGAAGCAUUAAUGGUGAAAGUGUUGUCCCACGUGGUUACUAUGGAAAUGCACAUUUUUCUCCCAUGGUCGAGAUCACCGUCAAUGAGCUUGUUACAAAGCCCUUGGAACAUGGACUUGAGCUGAUACACAAAGUCAAGGUAGGCACCACAAAUGAUUGCAUGAAGUCAAUGGUUGAUUUGAUGGCAUUAUGGCGAGAGCGUUCACCUUUCGGUAUGGACAGAACAUAUGAAGUUAGUGAUACAAAGUGGGUUGGAGGCAAUGCACUAAAAUUUGGCAGGGCCGAGCUAGUUGCUGCUGGCACACCACAUGCUGGUGACUUCACUUCAAAGUUGAUUAGCUAUCAUACCAAGUGCAAGAAUAAAGACGGUGAGGACUCAACCGUGGUAUCAAUCUUACUACCUAAGCUUGCAAUGGUGAAGUUUAUGGAGGAGAUGGCAAUUUGGUUGAAGAAGUAG